AUGCCUGAACCCGCUCAGACAUGUGAUAUAGUCCUGCUGAAAAAAGUGGAAAUGCUGCACAGGGGCCAUCCCACCACCCCAGCCAAUCAUGCCACCCCUCCUCCCGUAGCUCCGGCGCUAACAAGCCUUCAUCCUGAAUGCGAGUUCAUCUUCCAGCUGGAGAAGGACGAACGACACUGCCUGCGCUCCAUCGCCGAGCAGGAAAACACGAGUGCUCAAGGUUGUCAUGCAUUCUGGGACGCAGUGGUGUGUUGGCCCCACGCUGCGGUUGGGGAAACGGUUGGCAGUGCGUGCCCUGCUGUGUUUUCCCUUUUCAGAAACAGCACAGGGCUAGUGAGUCGAAAUUGCACUGAUGGGGGUUGGUCCAAACCCUUUCCGCCAUACCACAUCGCCUGCAGCGUGGAUGACGACAUCCCAGAGAAAGAGCAGACCUACUUUGCCACAGUGAAAUUGAUCUACACCAUCGGCUACAGCGUUUCACUGCUGGUGCUGACUGCUGCUGUGCUCAUUUUGCUGCUCUUUAGGAGACUCCGUUGCGCAAGGAACUUCAUCCACAUCCAACUCUUCAUGACGUUCAUCUUGAAAGCUGCGGCAGUGUUUAUCAAGGACGCCACUCUGUUCUCCAGCGAUGACACUAACCACUGCACUCUUUCCACCUUUGCCUGUAAGGCCGCCGUGGUCUUUUGCCACUAUUGCGUCAUGGCCAAUUUCUUCUGGCUCUUGGUAGAGGCACUGUACCUCACUUCCCUGCUGCUCUCCUCCUUCUACCGUAGCCGCCGGUGCUUGUGGGGGUUUAGUCUGCUCGGAUGGGGUGUUCCUGUGUUCUUCAUUGUAUUGUGGAUCGGGUCCAGGGUGUAUUUUGAAGACACUGCAUGCUGGGACAUCAAUGAGGAUUCGCUCUAUUGGUGGAUCAUAAAGGGCCCGAUUGUGGUGUCUAUUGUGGUCAAUUUUAUGCUCUUUGUCAACAUCGUCCGAAUCCUGAUCCAGAAGCUGAGCCCUCGCCUGAUCCAGUUCAACAACUCCUCACAGUACAGACGACUGACCAAGUCAACCCUGCUGCUUAUCCCUCUGUUUGGCACCCACUACAUGUUCUUCAAUUUCCUGCCUGACUACUUUAAUGUUAACCUGCGCCUCUGUCUGGAGCUCUGCAUCGGAUCUUUCCAGGGACUGCUAGUCUCAAUCCUCUACUGCUUCCUCAAUCAAGAGGUGCAGAAAGAAAUACACUUGCAGUGGCUGAGGUGGCAGGAGAGGAGCUGUGGGAUGGUUUCCCCUGCGGCAAAGGGCAGCAUGAUGGACACACCCUUCUAG